AUGGCGCGCCCGGAUCCACAGAAUGAGAUAUGGGAUAAACACCUUCAUCCUCAUCUCCGACUUUUGCUUCCCUCUUCCACACCUCCUAUUCAUUUAGAAGCUCGACUUUAUCUCCCUUUACCACUUCCUCCUUCCCUCACUCCACACAUCAAUGUAUUGGGAGAGUACUCUACUGUACCUCAAAAGCUUGAGGAUCUAAAUGCUGGUCUGAGAGAUGGUCUCAAAGAUAUGGGCGUAGAGAGAGUAGUGGUGGGCAGUCAUCCUUGGGGUAGACUGGGGGGUAGCAUGCUAGAUCCUGUCCUCACUUCUCAUCUGAUCAAAGCGAUUUAUCAUCCGUAUCAUUCACACACUACUGAUCCAUCGACUAUACAAGGUGGUAAACCCGACCUGGAACCUACACGCGAUGGCGCCAUCACACCUUCUCCUGCUGAGUUAUGCGGCAAAACAGCGGUGAUAACGUACAAUGUUAGAGGGGUAGGAUUGAGUGGUGGAAGUCAACCUUGGUUGGGAACAGGAAACGAUCCCAACGAUUUAGCUGAGAUCGAGAAGAUCGGUGUUGGUUUAUUGGGUGAUAGCGUUAAAGAAUUAUUCAGAUUUGGCUAUUCAUGGGGAUCACUUUUGACCAUCCUAGCUCCAUUCCCACCCACUUCCUCAAUUCCACUGAAGAAGACUCUCCUUGUUUCUCCUCCAUUAACAGUGUUCAAAGGACUCACCUUGCUAUCCUCCAAAAGGUUCCCCGCUGCGUUGAAGGAUCAUCAUGAUGCUCUUGGUAAACCAGUAUGGAUCGUAUACGGAACGAAAGAUGAGUUCACGGGACAUAGUACAUAUACCCAUUUCGCUCAGGAAGUGGGAAAUGAAGUUGUCAAUAGUAUACAAGUAGAAGAUGCCGAUCAUCUAUGGAGGAGGGAUGAAGGUGAAAAGCUAAGAGAGAUCAUCAGAGAUUGGUUAGACAGCUAG